UAAAAUUAUAUUACAAAUGUAAAAUAGAAGAACGACAGUGUUAAUACAAAGUCGAUUUCAAUGAUACACAGUUGUCGGCACGUAUUGCCAGUUUGAAACAUCUUUCUUUAUUUAUGGAUCCGGGUUGAAUAGUAUAUUAAUUCUAUAUCCAAAAUUAAUUUCGAGGUGUCUAACAUCAUGGAAUUUAUUCUACGAAGAACUUCUGCUUUAUACGUUUUAUUACAAAAUGUUCCCGCAGCAAGACUGAAAAUCCAACAAAGACAACUUUCCCAAGGAGAAUGGUUAAGAAGGUAGGCACAACAACAGCACAACUGAAUGAUGAAUUAUGGCGUCAAGCUAUCAAUGCUGGUGCUUAUCCUUCACCACUGAAUUACCGUGGCUUCCCUCGCAGCAUAUGCACUUCAGUUAACAAUGUAGCUGUGCAUGGCAUUCCCGAUAAUAGGCCACUAUGUGAUGGAGACAUUGUAACAGUGGAUGUAACGGUGUAUUUUGAUGGUGUGCAUGGAGAUUGUGCCGACACCUUUUUAAUAGGUAAUGUUGAUGAACCUGGACAAGCGUUGGUUAAAGCAGCAUAUAUGUGUCGGGAUGCAGGAAUAUCUGUGUGCAAAUCAGGUGUUCCUUUUUCAGCCAUUGGAGGUGCAAUAGAAAAUGCUGCUGCUAUUUCGAAAGUUACUGUAGUACCAGCUUUUGUAGGACACGGUAUUGGGUCUUACUUCCAUGGACCACCAGAUAUUUAUCAUUUUGCUCAUGGUUUUCCUGGUAUGAUGGAGGAAGGGAUGACUUUUACCAUUGAGCCAGUUGUUGCUCAAGGUACUGAAGAAGUUGUUAUACUUGAAGAUGGUUGGACGGCUGUUAUGUUGGAUGAUGGUCGUGCUGCUCAAGCUGAACAUACUGUUCUCAUUACUGAAAAUGGUUUUGAAAUUCUUACACAGUAAUAAAGCCCAAUUUAGGUUUAGAAAAACGUACAAUGUUGUGUAAUCCUAAGUCUUUAAAAAUCCUGCAUAAUCUCUGAUCUAGUCUAAUUUGUGAAUGUAAAUGAAGUGAUUUAUUCUGUGAUAUUAAAAAUAAGAACCCUCCACAUGCACGCAUUUCACUCAGUAGAUGAAGUGUGAAAUGUACCAACUGCCUUUCUGUUGUGUUAUUGGGUUGCUAAAUGCUUUCAGACAUUAUAAAUCACCUUAUUGUGAAAAAAGUCCAUCUCAAAAAGAAAUGUACAGAAAAACAUUAUGAAAAGUGUUUGUUUGUGAUGUAAUUUUGUCUUCCAUCGUGCACAUAAUAUUAAAGAGACAAACUUGUGCAAUAAUCAAAUCAAGAAAUAAAAAGCCUGUGAUGUUUUCCUACAAAGAUUGUCAUCACAAUUCUAUUUAAGAGCAUCAAAAAUAAACAUAUGAUGAAAUUGACUAAUUCAGGCCAUCAGAAUGAAAACCACUUCAUUCCAUUAUUUACUAAACCUCACUUUUCUGCAUUUCUGCUAAUAUAACAACAUCCCCUAACCAAAAAUGUGGCAGUAAGAUAUCUAUCUGUGGAAUCAAGACAACUUUGAACUAUUGUAAAUUAAAAAAAAAAAUAAUUUGCUGUUACUUGAUAACAAGGAAACCUCAGUUGAAAUUUUCAUUUUUCAUUCUGAUUACAAUUAGUGACAUAAUUUCCAUGUGAAUACAUAUUUUUAUGUAAGCUUAUUAGAACACUAGAACUCUGUAAACAUGUUUUUUGAUGUACUCAUUGAAACAGUAUAUACUUUUUCCAUGGAUCUGCCAAUCCAUGCAAUAUAUUUUUCGAUGUAAUAUGGUGUAUUUAGACUUUACCUGGCAUGUUUAGUCCAUUUAAUUAGUUUUUUGCAUAAAUUAUGUUAACAUUAAAAUUAAUGCAUAUGAGGUGUAAUGAGCA